UUUCUACUUGUUUUACGUUCUCAUUCGCUUUGUUUUUUGGUUAUUUUGUCCAGGUCGCGUCGCAAAGGGAAAGCAACAACAAAAAGCAGCAGAAACGAGAUGUGUGACGCCGCGAAUCCUAUAAAGCUUUGGCAACUAUCCCCAAUGGCUUACGGGAAGGGGAUUCCGGCGCUGUGCCUGCUGCAUCAAGAAAUCGAGCAUUUCUACCAAUAUAUCCAACCGACGCCAACAGAGUUCUAUCUGCGUGCGGAAGCCGUACGCCGCAUAGAGGACGUUUUGCUUUCUCUGUGGCCGAGCGCAUGCGUGGAUAUCUUUGGGUCCUUCCGCACCGGCUUGAAUCUGCCCAUUUCGGAUAUCGACCUGGUGGUGCAUCUCGGCAGCUACUGGAGUCCAACGCUGCUGCAUGACCUGGAGCGCGAGCUAGUGGCCCGCGAUGUGACGGAUCCGAUGACCGUCACUGUGCUGGACAAGGCCUCGGUGCCGGUGGUAAAAUUUACGGAGCGCGUCUCGCGGAUCAAGUUCGAUGUGUCGUUUAAUGAGGCUGUGUCUGGCGUCCAGGCUGCCCAGCUGAUCAUGGACUUCAUCAGGAAGUUCCCCGAGCUGCCCAAGCUCGUUAUGGUGCUCAAGCAGUUCCUUCGCCUACAUGGACUCAACGAGGUAUAUAGCACCGGCGGCGUCUCCUCCUACGCGCUGACCCUAAUGUGCGUCAGCUUCCUGCAGCAGCAGACGCACACCAACAAGAAGUACAACAGCAGCAACAAACUGGGCCAGCUGCUCCUGCAGUUCCUCGAGUACUAUGGUCGCAAGUUUGACUUCCUAAAGUACUCCAUUUCGGUGCUUAGCGACGGUGGUCGCGUGGAGAAGGAGCACCUGAGAUCUACUUUGGGCGGAAAUAACUGGCAAUCGGUGCUCAGCAUCGAGGAUCCGGUGACGCCCACCAACGAUAUAGGACGAAGCUCGUAUGCAGCGUUGCAUGUUAUACAGGGAUUCGAGGCCGCCUUUCUCAAGCUCUCCAAGUUGGUGGACUCCGACCCGGCGAAGAUAAAGGGCCCCAUUCUGGGCAGCAUUUUGGAUGUGCCACAGGACGUGCUCAACUACCGCGCUUGGGUGCAAUUCAACUUCCAACACAUUCUGCCUCCCCGCAGCAGUUUCAGUUCCAGUUUCAGUUCCGCCUCCGAAUGCCAGCCAGAGCAUCCCAAGCCGAGCAGCCCAGCGUCCGACACAGAAGACGUGCGGGACGACCGCCAUGGAUACCGCCGAUGAGAAGGAGAUGGAUGGUCCGUUCCAAAGUUUAGACCUAGUUCGCUUAAGUAGUUUUACGUUAAUGUUAGUUUUACGGCAUAUUUUAUAGAAUGACUACCAUAAUAGGCUUUUCGGUUCACUUUUAUGCAUGGCAUAUAUUAGAGCUGUAAUUUAAGACUAGCACUUGCGUACCAAUAGCCAUUUCUUUAUAUAUAUAAAAUAUAGCAGACCGAUUGAAGAUA